CUCGCCGCGGGAGAGAGAGAGAGAGUGACAAAGAGAGGGGCGAGUGAGACAGGGACCGUAGCAUAGUUGGCAAAAGAGUGCAUGCGAGUGAGAGAGAAAGAGAAAGAGAGCGAGUGAGAAGACCCCCCCGCUGCGCGCCGCGGCACACCAAACCACACACGGACAAUCCGGUUUUUAGCGUCAAAUAAUUCAUCGGCGAACGGCAUAUUUCCGCGAGUUUUUCUUUCGUAUAAAAUCAGCGAUCGCGCGUUCGCGUCCCGCGUUUUCAGCGGUUAAAAACGCGCAAGGCGCCUCUAAACCUCCAAAGAGUGUCGAGUCGUGAAAGAGCAGGGGGAAAAAAACGAAUCGAAAGAGUAGAGCGAGAAAAAAGAAGGAAAGAAAAAAAAAAGGUUUGUCGAGGAACCGUGGUGGCAGCGCGGAGUCUCCCUCGUCAGAGUUUACCGUGUACGAAACCGCGAAAAAAGUUAUGCAAUCAGCUGAUCGUGUAUUUGCACUUCUGUCACUUGUCAAAGAUGAAUGUCAAAGUAACGAGAGGGAGGAGAAACAGCAGCAGCAUCAUCAGCAGCGUCGUCGUCGCGUUCGUGAUCGUUCGCGUAUAUCUUUGACCGUGGUCCAAACUAAGCGGAGCGUCUAGCGCAGACUGCUGUCGGAGGAGUUACAAAAAAAAAAAGAAACCGAUAGAAUUAUCAAGACGGGGGGGGGGGGGGAGGAGGGAAUUUGAGUCUAUUGUAUAGGGAGAGAAAAGAAAUUGAGAAAAGAAGGCAGGUAAACGAAUAUUGGAUUGUGUGAUGCAGGUGGAUUGGUACGCAGGAUAUGAGCAGUUUGUCAAGCGCAACCUGACUCUGCUCCCACCCCAUCAGCAAGCGGCGGUACAACACCAGCAUCACCAGCAGCUGGCGCCGCAUCCUCACCAGGUGGACAUUAUGACAUCUAUGUUUGAACAACAAAUCAAAAGUGAGCCGAUGGGAUUCUACUCCGUUGCUUCUAGUCGAUCUGACGGUUCAAACUCUAUGGUCAAUCUGUCGGACGAUCGGGAGGAUCUAUCGCAGCAGGAAGGUCGAAUGCAGUCUCAGCAAAGAACGAUGCAGGCGCAUCAGCAACAGCAGCAGCAACAGCAGCAGCAGCAGCAGCAGCAGCAGUCGCAGCAGGGUGUUCCCCAGCAAAGCGUCCAGCAGCAGCAACAGCAGCAACAGCAACAGCAGCAGCAACAGCAGCAGCAACAACAGUCGGCGCCGUCGCGCCAAUCAACGGGCCAACAGACGGUGAAGGAGGGUACCCGCUCCAAGCCGCAGCCUUGUAAAGUUUGCGGUAAGGUUUUGUCAUCAGCUUCCUCUUACUACGUCCACAUGAAGCUUCAUUCGGGCAACAAGCCCUAUCAUUGUACCGUUUGCGAAGCUAGUUUCUGUCGCAAGCCGUAUUUAGAGGUACACAUGAGAACUCACACCGGCGAGAGGCCCUUUCAGUGCGAGCUCUGCCUCAAGCGUUUUACCCAGAAGAGCAGCCUCAAUACUCACAAGCGGGUGCACACGGGUGAGCGGCCGUACGCCUGUGACAUAUGCCAGAAACGUUUCGCCGUUAAAUCGUACGUAACGGCGCAUCGUUGGAGUCACGUCGCCGAAAAGCCGCUCGUGUGUGAUCGUUGCUCUUUGACCUUCACCUCCAAGAGCCAAUUUGCAAUACACAUUCGUACUCACACAGCGAGUACGACGUACGAGUGCAACAUUUGCGGGCGUACCUUUGUCCGUGACAGUUAUCUCAUCAGACAUCAGAACCGAGUCCAUCGGGACAUGAGCAACAAUCAGAGCAGCGGGAAUCACAAUCCACCGACGCCCCAGAGUACCGGGGGCGGCACGACAUCCGGUGGCUUCGAGAGCCCUGUCUGCGAUCUACGCUACAACGACGGACCCUCCUCAUUGGAUUCCCUCGCCGGUAGCAAGGGUGGUAUCGCCGCCGAGAUCGCCAGUUUAGCCAAGCAAAACAGUCUACAGCUUCCACUUCCUCUGCUUCAUCCGCAGACAACCAACUAGUGUUUAGACGGCAGCAGCGCGUCCGAGACUCUGCCGCUACAACGGUCAACGCCGCAGCAAGUAGUAGUAUGCCGCACUCCCACUACGGGCCAAUCUUCGUCAUCGACCUCAACAUCAACAUUAUCAUCACCCUCGUCAUCGUCAUCCUCCUCGUAUCCGAUCAGUAAUACGAGAACCGUCGCUAAUCUUCAUUCUUCGAGGACGACCACUACGACUCCGACCACCAAGACUAUGACUGCUCCGACGACACCCUCUCCUACCAGCCCCCCUCCCAUACCUCACGCUCUCUAUCAGACCUCCUCCGAUCAUUCACCCCCCGCCAUACAAUCUCACUUGUAUCAUUCGCACUCCAAUUCCACCGCUCUCCAUUCCUCUCAUCAUCAUCAUCCUCAUCAUCCCCCUCACCAUCAUCUUCAUUCUCCUUCUCCUUCCUCCUCUUCUUCUUCAUCUUCUAAUCGUGGCGUCGUCCUACCAUCCCUCCACCCUCAACAACACCAACAACAACAACAACAACAACAACAACAACAGCAACAACACCAUUCGCAUCAACAACAACAACAACAGCAACAAUUACAACUGUCACCAACCUCCCAACCGCCUCCGCCACCUCCGCCCGGUUUACAUCCGGCCCUCUAUCUCUACGCCCAGUACGCCACCGCUAAUCCACCCAUUAAUUAUCCCGAAUACAUUCAACGUAACAAUUGAUCACACUCGCUGAUCGAACCAACCAACGAACGAACAUCACUGAACGAUUGCGUGCUAGCGUUCAUGAGCCCAUUUCGCGACGCCGACCAAACUGGACGUUUCCUUGUAUUUCCUUUUUUCGAGCUUUUACCAAAUUUUUUUAUCCUCCUUCCUCUAUCAACUCGAACGAUUCAAUGGACGACAAGAGAUUUUAUUAAUCCACACGCUUUUUUUUAUCCCGACGACAUUAUAUUUCAAAAAGUGUGUGUGUGUGUAUGUGUGUGUGUAUACGUUUAAAGUAAUUGAUGAGGCGUUCGAAAUGACAUUUGGACUGAGAUAAAAGAUCAAUAGUUAUUAGCAGGGCUCGCGAAAUCUCGAGAAUGGAAACUAACGAAAAUUCAAAGUUCUCGUUUACGAUGCUGGCAUUAACCCGAUCUCGAAAAUUAUACUCGAAGCAGACUAAGAGCAAGCAGACCUUGACGUUUGAAGAAACGAAAGAAAAACAUACGGAAAAAUUUGAAAUAAAACGGCAAAUCUCUACGAGUUUCCAUUGUAUCCGCACUUUUAAGUUUCUCUAUUUUUCUCUGUGUGUGUGCGUGUGUAUUUUUUUUCUCUUUUCUUUUCAAACAUAAAACGUAUGCGAGUAGAUGUAUUACGCGAUCAUCACACAACAUACAUAUUUAUAAUUAUAUAUUUUUAAAGGAGUUUAGUCACUUGGAUCUGUGAUAUAGAUAGUAAUUAUUAUCAGCAAAGGGGUUUUUUUUUAACAUUGGGUUUACUUUUUUCGUGAUUAUCGGACAAAAGGAGCGAGAGAGAGAGAGAGAGAGAGAAAAGACGAGGAAAUCGAAUGAAUUAAUAUGGAGUAAUAAAAUAAUAAGAAAAAAAAACAACAAAGAUGACAGCUGUGUUACGAAGCUGGAAUUAAUCGGACGAGUUUGGUAGACGCGUUGCGUGCCGACGUAUUUUAUUAUUAACAUUAUUAUUAUUAUUAUUAUUAUUAUAUUUUUUUAAAUUAUCGAAAAUUUAGUGACAAUAGUCAGAAAUUUGAGAAACACGAACAACAGGCAAAAGCGAGAACAAAUAGCGAGAGCAAAGAGAGAGAGAGAGAGAGAAUGAGAGGAAAACCAACAAAACACUGUUGCUGCUAUUAUAUUACUACUUCCACCUCUUAUUUCACUCAAUUUGUAGAAGCGAACAGACGUAACAAAGAAUACGAAACAAAUCAGUGAAAAGAGCGAGCGAGAGAGAGAGAGAGAGAAAGCGCGAGAAAUAAUGAAAGAGGAAAGAUAACAUGAAAAAUCACCAACUCCCACGAUCAUCGUCAUCGACAUCUCGAGCAUUAGCCUCUAAUGAUUUAUCACUUUGUGUCGUUCCAAAUCAACGAAACGUAUGAAGACUAUUUUUAAAUUUUCUAGCAUUUUAAAUUCCUUCCCUCGCUACAUUAUUUCGAGCUUAUAUUAUCUGUUGAUAAAUAAAUUACAAAUUUUAAGGUCAUUAAGAAAUCAAUGUUCGUUGCUAUCGAACGACGCAAAAUGAAAAAUCAUCUAUUCUACUUGUAACUUACUACUAUCGCUAAAUACUAAUACCGCUACUACUUACUCCUACCGCAAUUUACUACUAUUCUAUUACUAAAAUAACAAAAAAAGAUAAAGAAGAAAAAAAUGCUAAAUACUAUGACUUACUGCUAGAAUUAUUAGGCACACGCGUAUGAAAAAAAAACACACACACACACACACACACCCACGAACAAAAAGACACGAGAAAACAUUGUUGAUUUAAAUGAAUGCGUUUUGCCCAUUUGUGUACCAUUACGCCCCGAUAAUAUAAGAGUCAUGGUUUCUUACGAGUCCCAAUAUUUCUUACGAUUUAUAGAUAUGCAUGUGUAUCUAUGUUAACAAAAAGACACACGCACAGACGGACAGACAAAUAGGGCUUUUCCAUUCGCGUUUUUAAUUUUUCAUCUUCCAAAGCCUCCUCCCGCAGCUUUCUUCCCUCGUUUGUUUCAUUUUUUCUUUAGCCUUUCCUUCCUUCGAACAAGCGCACGUAAUAAAAAAAAGUAUACUUUCGAUCGCCGGACGAUAGAGAUAUGGGAUCGGAGUUUAUUUUUCAUUUCUUUUUUUACAUGCUAAAUAUAUCGCUAGUUGUACUUACCGUGUGUCUGUGUCUGUGUUUUUUUUAAUUUUUUUAAAUUUUUGUUUCUUAUUUUUCCUCCCGACAUGUCCGAAUACAGGGGAUUUGUAACGCGAGUGAUCGAAUAAAUGAAAUUUGUAAAUAUCGAGAUCGAGAGUAUUGAAACCGGGGGGGGGGGGAGAGGAGCUAAAAUGAAAAAAAGUAUAGAGAAAAAAACAAAAUUGUACGAUAUACGCUCAAUAAUAAUGACCAUCUUUAUCACGGAUUUAUCAUCGGAAGAAAAAAAUAAUACGAGACGAGAGGGCUGUCUUUUUCACGAACACUAUUAGGUAUUAAUUUUUUUUCAAUUUAUCAACAAAUUUUCAAUCGUGUAUACGACUAUACGGAAGGGGAAAGAAAUUCCGAGAUCAAGUUAACGUGAAAAUUAUGCACGAGAAACUUGGAAGGAUUGAAAGAAGGGCAGGGGGAAGGGGGGAUGGAAUAGCGGGGAAACCAUGACCACCGCGCGUAGAAAAUUACAUAAAAUAUAAAUAUAUAUAUAUAUAAAUACAUAUAUGUAUAUAUAUAUGUAUAGCAUAUAUAUUAUAAAUAGAAGAAUUAUUAUGUAAAUGCUUGUUUUACCACACCGCGGUAAACACCAACUCGUUAGUCGAGACUGCACAUCCUCUGAACCCCUUAAAUAUUAGUACGAAACAAAUUUUUCUUUCCUUUUCCUUCACAAUUCUCCUCCAUCACUAUUAUUAUUAUUAUUAUUAUUAUUAUUAUUAUUAUUAUUACUGCUACUAUUACUAUUACUACUACUACUAAUUAUUAUUUAAUUGUACAAGACGAAAUCGUAGAAGUAAAGAGAACAAAAAAUGGAAUAACACGAAAUGUAGAAAGAAAAAAAUCAUUUAACCAAUCAAAUGGCGGUAGAGCGUGUGCCUCGAAAUACAAAUAAACACAUGUAUAUGUACGGGUAUAUGUGAAAGUACAUAUACGUGUGUUUAUUAAUUUUUUGUUGUUGUUUUCCUUCGUUGAAAAGCCCACGUGGCCGUCAUUUUAGUUUGAAAAGUGCGCGCGUAUGCUCGGGGCUUACAAAUUUCCAUGAGACACGCACCGAGUCACCGGGAAGACUGAUUAUUAUCCUAUAAAGAGGAGGAGCGAGUACGAGCAAAGGGUGAAAAAAAAAAAAAAGAAAUUAAUGACACACACCUUCGACGGAAGGAAUGGAGGAAAUAAAAAUUUGCAUCAUGUUGAAACGAAAUGAAAAUAAUAAAUGAAACGAAGUGAAAUGUUUUAAAGAGGAAAAAAAAAAGAAAUAUAAAAACAAUGAUCUUUUAUUGGCUAGUCAUUGUGCAGCUCUAUGAGAUAUUGUACUACUUAGCUGUGAUGUAAAGCCUACGAGUAUAUGCCCGCGCAACUCCUAACUAGUUUCAUAUAUAAAUUUAAUUGUGUUUUAGCGUCUUUCGUGAUUAAUGAAAGAAAAAUGAUGGGACAAAACGAAAGAAAAGCGUAGCUCGCCCCUUAAACGUUGUCCAAUUUCAAUCUCGAAAACAUCUCGAUCGAUCGGCUUGUUCUCCAUUCAUUUCGUCUGCUUUUUAUCCCCCGUCCCGCAGUUUUAAAUCGCCAACUUUUUGUUUUUCGUUUUUAUUUAUUAUUUAUCAACAGAGAGAAAAAACCUCUCAUCGGGUCACGUUGAACAAACGAACGGAACGCGAAAAAAUAGAGAAUAAAAUCGCGUUUUCUCCUGAUACAUCUAUUGACGAUACGACGACCAAGUAUAAACGCAAUAACAAAAACGAAGCUGCUAACAAGACGCCAAUGAUUUGUCCGCUCGCCUGUCAAGACCAACGGACAUCUUGCGCCCCCUCCCCUCCCCCCCCCCCUCUCUUUCGCCACGAAUUCCGCGAAACGGAAACAAAAGAAGACAAUGUCGCGGGGAGGAAAAAUAUCGACGCGAUAUAUUCAUUUUUUGGCCCUCGUACGAAUAGCCUUGUAAACAUAACACGCACGCACACGUACAUGUAGGGAUCUACACGCACACACACGACACGCGGACGAAGCCCUAGAUCGUAUGUGGUAGGAAUUAUUGUUUGUGGAAUAUACAUAUAAAUAUAAUUACGCACACACUCAUAUAUAAUAUAUGUGAGAGUGUGUCGAAUACGUCACAUUGUGUUUUAGCGAGAAAGAAAAUCAUUAUUCCUCCUCCCCGAUUGACCUUCUUACGAAGUACGGACAACGCGCGUGUGUGUGUGUGUGUGUUUUUUUUUUGUUCUCCUUCAUAGUAUUUUUGGUGUUUUUGUUUUUCGUUAUAAGAUUAGGUGCAAGUUUCUCGAUGACGGGGGACGUAUUUAAUUGUAAAUAAUUAAAAUGUAAAGAGCGACGCGAGCGAACGAUGUAAUAACGAGAGUGUCGAUAGAUAUUAAUGAAUUUAGGAGGAGGUGAAAAAAAAUCUAACGCGAGAUUGAUCGGGGAGAGGGGAAAGAAUUUUUUACAAGCGCUCUAACCUUUUGUUUUCGCAUCGAUGGCACCCCGCAAUAUUAAACAAACAAAAUAGCCGCGCUAAAUGUGCGGAAAAGCUGUCUAUUUCGAAAAGCCUGUACACACACGGUUAAAUACAAUACAAAGAAAAAACAUUUUACGAACGAAACGUAAAUAGAAAAAAAAAUUUAAACGAAAGAGAAUAACGGUGAAUCGUAACACGAUCCUAUACUCGAUCGAACCUCGUCUCAUUGUCAAUGUGCGAUCCGCGCUGUGAUUCUUCGGUAAACGAAGUCUCCGACAGAGGGAGCGAGCGAAACAAAUAACCGGCGUUUUUUUCGAGCACAACAGUUUUCAGAGAUCGAACGAACGAGGACGCUACGGAUAAGAGAGUUGAUUGUUUCUUUUUUGUUUCGAGAGAACGAACACGGUGCGAUUUUUCAAGAAAGAUAAAAAUACUGAAAAACGAGAGAAUAUCAAAAGUUCUAUUUAUUUAGUUCAGUUCUCUCGAUCCGGUUGAUCUUGAAAAAUUUUCCUAAAAUUCUUCCAAACUGAUCGAAACGCCGUGAGCAAGACACAAACAAAGUAAACACUACCAGCGUCGCCCCUCGUUUCGCUCCUCGACCGAGUGCAUCUGUGUGUGCUGCGUAUAUUGUGCAAUUGUGCUAUCGAAGGACAACUCGAUAACGAAAUAAUGAUGGCAAUAAGGAAAAAAAAACAAGAUCGGGUGAUUGCUCGGGCUGAUUGGAGAUGCUUUGGAAAAAAACCAUUGACUGUUUAUCAGGGACGCGCGUAGAUUGUUUAACCGAGAGAGUGAGAAAGAUAAAAAUUGAACAAAAUGGUGUUGCUGAAAAAUCGGUGUGAGAUGAAAAAAUCGAGAGAGAGAGAGAGAGAGGGGGGGGGGGGGGGGGAAGGACCGUGAAAAACAAAAAAUGUAACAAACAUACAAAAAAGAAUGAAACCUAAAUAAUUACAAUGUCCGGGUCGCUCGACAUUGCGCCUGUACCAUUUUGCUUCGUUAGCAGAGUACGAUGCCAUUUAUUUUUGUAAUACGUUUACGUAGGGAUAGUUCUUAUUUUUAUAUAGAGGUUUACCGUGCUACCGUAAAGUACCGUAAGUCUUAGAGGCCUGCGUAGGGUAGGAUUUUUUAGAAAUGCCGCGAGAGAAUACGAAGACGCGCGCCUUGCAGUUGGAAAACGAAAUAAAAUAACAAAAAAAUGAUGAAAUAAUUGGGUGGACUGGGGGGGAAGAACGAGGGAUCGUGGAGAGACAACACACUCGCUUCCGCAGCGUUGUUGGAGCAACAACACAAAUAUAUAUGUGUAUAUACAUGUAGUGUGAGCCCCGACGCGAGUUUUUUCUACUUCGCUCCACCAUUUGCUAAAUUUUUAUAACCCCGGAGAAAUCACUUUCUGACAGGAUCUUUUUCUAUUAUACUUUCGACUUGAUUAUUUUCUUAAAUCAUUUAUUUCUGUCUAGUCUGUUCGCUGAACGGUGGAGUGAAUUUUAAAAACGAGUUAACCUAAAAAUCCUUAAGAUUGGGCGACGCGGAGGCGGAACGUUUUUCAUCCCCGUAUUAUUAAAAUACACUUGAACGACGCUACGAGUCACGAAUGUAAAAAAAUGUCUGUGUGCGCUGCGGAACGCGAGUACGAAAGAGUGAACAAAAAUAUUUAUAUAUGUGCGUGAAAUGAGAAGAAAAAUAAGAAAAGAAUAAUAAUGAAGCGACGUCGACGUUGACGAGAGUCAACGAUCGGAGAUUUUUACGAUGGACGAAUCUGCCAUUAGUGUUAUGAAGGACGAGAGAUAAAUGAGCCCGCGUGCGCUCCCUCGAGCGAGAGCGAAAACUUUUGAAUUUCAUAACCGGACGAGCGAAUGAAAUUAGCAAAAAAAAAAAAAAACCAUGAGAAUUAAAGGAAUAACGAGGGAACCGUGGAAAGGGGCGGGGAGAGUAAGAGAAGAGGAAAAGAGAAAAACCAACGCCACGAUAUCGCGGCACGAGUCGAAAAUAAUAGAAAAGAUAAUAAUUCUUUGAUUUUCCACCAUUUUCGAGUCGCGCCGAGUAUCGCAUUAUACAUAAAAUAUACAUAACCGAUUUGUAAACAUUAACGAGGAAAUAACAAAAAAUAAUAAUUAUUAUUAAAAAGGAAAAAAAACAAAUGAAUACUUAGUAAUGUAAUAUGGUUAAAGAUUAAAAGUAAUAACAACAACAAAAAGUAACUAAACGAGCGAACAAGCAUCUAACUAAAAUUAUAUAUAUAUAUAUAUAUACGAUUCACCGAGGUAUAAAAAUAUUUAAAUGAAAAACCCAUGAGACGACGACGACGAUGAAGAGGAAAGACAAAAAACUGCGUUAAAUAAAAAUUGCAAUUACAAAAUAAAAGGAAAAAAAAACAAAAUACGACGUAGGUAGGCAUACAUAGGUCAGACACGCGAUUGUACGGAUGUACCAAUAUCGAGGAGAAAAUAAAAGAAAACGAUGAUGAAAAACAUACUAGAGAAUGGAAAAAAAGUGAAGAUUCAAAACGAGAAAAACAAAACAUAAAGACGCGAACCAGCGCGCACACACACACACACAGGUACAGAAACACCUACACGUACACAAGCGUUUUUUAAUAGGGACAGUGUAAAAUGAAAAAUGAAGUAAAACAAAGAAAAUCCAAUUUGAAUGAACACUAAUGAAAAUAAAUGAUUCAACAUUUAAACUCUGGGCAAAUAAAUUGAAGGAAAAAUGGCUAAAGUAAAAGCGUACGUACGAAAAACGAGAAACAAAAAGGGAAAAUUGAAAGCUUGACUAAAAUAGUUCUCACCAACAUAUCCUGGCUAACACACAUCCUUUUACGUACAUACCGCAUACCUAUAGUUAAUAUUACAUGUUAUACAUAGGCUAUUUUAUGUGUAAACGAUAAUUAUAUUGACAAAAAAAAAACAAAAAAAAAACAAGAUAAAAAUAACGACAAAAUAUUAUAACGAGAAUACCGAAUAGAUUCAUACUAUAUAUAUACAUAAACGAAUGAAAAUGAGAAAAAAAAUGGUAAAAACAAUGGUACAACUGAGGCAAGUAUGUACUGUACAUAGCUGUCAUUUAUCCCAUAUGCCCAACAUACGAACUAUAUAAUUAUAUACUAUAUAUACGAGAGUGAAAAAAAAAAACAAUAACAACAAACAAAAAGGAAAAUAAAACACCCUCUCCCACCCAUUGUAUUACGAGACAUUAACCACUGUUGUAAUAAUUAUCAAGAAUCGAUUAUUAUUAUUAUUAAUUAUUAAUUAUUAUUAUUGCUAUAAUUAUGAUGAUUAUUAUUAUUAUUGAAUUAAUAUUAUUGUGAAAAAAUCGGAGAGAGAGAGAGUGAAGCGAAAAAACAAAUAGCAAGAGCAACAACAAUACGAUAAUGCUACGUAUAAUUUAAAUUGUAGUAUAAGCUUACCGUUAGCGAAAGUAGACCCUCACUUUUAGCACGUUCCGAAAGCAAAUUUUAUUCUUCGAAAAAAUUGGAUUCUACCUCAAAGACGAUGAUAGAGGCGAUAAAAAGGAUCGAGAGAAAGUGCGAGGGAGGGGGAAGAAUUGAAUGAAGGAAUGUUGACAAUUGAGACCUUGGGAGGUCACACGAUUGGAUGAUAUUCCGGAAAUAGUCGGAAGACACGAGGUUCGUGAGAAUAGAAGGGGAGGAGAGAAAGAAGCACGAAGAGAAAUAUCGUUUUGAGAUGAAAGAAUAAAAUUGAAAGAAAAUGAGGAAUGAAAUGGUGAAAAAAAUGGAUAAUUAAAAUGAAUUAGCGUAUGUUUGGCCUGCAGCGACCUCAAACUGUGAUAACUGUAAGGAAUAUUAUUUAGAAUGAAACGAAAGAAACAAAAAAAUGAUAAAAAUUGAUGAUUGAGAUUCGUUGAGUUUUCGAUGCGGGAUUAUGAAUAUCGUUGUUUUUUUUUUCUUUUUCUUUUUUUUUCGUUCACGGAGCCAGCAUGCGCUUAUGCACGCGCCAACACACCGGUACGGAAACAUCCGGACGAAGAGAAUCCAGGGGGUCUGCACUAUUUUUGGAUCGGCACAGCACGCCCUUCUUGUGUUAUAUACAUAAACGCGCCCGUCUACCCCCUCGAAGUCUCGUCAUAAUUUUCUCUUCAACCUGGACGUGUGAUAAGACUAAAUUCUAUCGCGAUAUAUAUAUAGAUUUAUAACGCCGCAAUUUCAAGUCUCAGUCGAACGGUGGGAGAGAGAGACGGGAAGAAAAAGCGGUCUAUUUUCACCUCGCUUACAAGAGUUUAUUUAUAUAAUUAUUUUAAAAACGGGGCGCCUCAAACUAUACCACCACGGGGACCAAAUAAAAAAUUUCAUUACCCUCGGGCUUUUUAGAAUAUUGAAAGAAGGAAUAAUCGAAUGGAACAAAAUAUAGCUCAAAUUCAUAAAAUGUUGCUCGUUGGGAAUAAAAAUAUGAAUGAAUCAGCUGGUUAAUCGAGAUGAAAAUUGACCCGAAUUUUUCAAAUUUUUCUAGAUUUCUCUACCAUUCCAACUUGGUAUUGGCGAUUCACGGUGAAGAGAAAACCCAAACAAAACUCGUCCAUGUCUAUAUAUUUAAUGAAACGUACGACGAGUGAGAUUACCAGGACGAAAUAACGAGCUUAUUUUUAAUAAUAAUAAUAAAAAAGAAAGAAAGAAAGAAACAUAAAUGAAACGAAAGUGAGAACGCAUCGAAUAAUUUUAUUACGUACGACUCGUCGACGACACUCGUUUAUCAAUCUCGUACGAUUCCUUUAUUUCAACGAUAAUUCGACUGCAAUUCUUUCGUUCGAAGAAGAAAAAAAGCUCUCGCCCCCGCAUGAGAAAACUCUGUGACGUUCCACGAUGACAUGUUCUGUUUGUUUUCUUCAGUAUAUUAUAUUGUGAUGUUAGGUUUAAGCAGUGGACUUAAGUCGGUGAGCUGAGGUCGCUGUGAGUCAGGCUAAAACGUUAUUAUUUAAUGAUUUAACAAAUCAUGACAAAAGAUUAAGAACCGUGGGGGGCUCGCACUUUCACCGCAAAACGUUUCGUUUUUUCCUCUUUUUUCUUUAAACAAUUGCUGCGUAUACAUAUAUAUAUAUAUAUAUUUAUAUAUAUAUAUUUAAAACGAGUAGGAACUCGAUUCAAUUGGCAACUUUUGUCGAUAGGAAAUGAUGAACGAAAGAGGAGAAGAAAAUUAUUACAUACACAGGAUACACACCCAAUAUGACACUGUAUAUUGCGAUCGGCAAGACGAGCUACAAUGUAGUUUGUUCGAAUUGUCAUGAACAAAGAUAAAAAAAAAAAAGUAAGAGCAGGAGAGAGAGAGAGAGAGAGAGAGAAGUACACUCGUGUAAUAAAGUAGAUAUCCAUGGA